AUGUCAAUGAUAAUUGUUGAAACUCCUAAAACUUAUUUCGGUUCCGACAUUCAAAAAUCAUUAGGUUCUCUUCCCGGAUUUCCAUGGGCAAAAUAUCCUGGAGAAAAACAUCUUCCCGGUCAUAAUUAUACUGGUCCAGGUACAAGGUUAGAUCUACGAUUAGACCAAAACGAUAAACCAAAACAAGGUGAAGAACCAGUCAAUAGAGUUGACGCCGCUGCACUUAAACACGAUAUACUAUACAGAAAUAAAGACAUAAUAUCCAGACACGAAGCAGACAAACAAAUGAUAAUCGAACUUGAAAAUAUUCCAAGAAUUCAAAGAGCAUUAAUCAUUAAACUCUUGACAGCAAAGAUGAAAAUGGGUAUGGGAAUAGCAUAUGAAAUUCAUAAAGAAUUUAGAAACUUAACUGAUUAA